AUGAUUGUGGUUGGCCUUAGUGCUGCACAAUUAUCUGAAGCAAGAAAAUCAGAAGAUAAUUGCGAUAUUGUUCUUUAUCUGGGCCUGCCUCAGCACUCGCAACCAGAUGGAUCAACCGUUUUUUUCGGAGAUAUCUAUGCCCAUUAUUCUGAAGAGGGUGGAUUGGCAAACAUUUGGGUUGGCGAUCUUCACAUAGAUGAGGUUAAAAGUGGUUCCACUGCAUCUCUUGCUGGAGAAAUGAUAUCGUGGGACUCUUUGAUGGGCAAGAUAAAUGACUGCUACGAAACACAUAGCGAGUGUCAGCCGAAAGCCCAGUGCAAACUUCCCAAAGGAUUUCGGGUCAUCGACGUGAAUAGACGAUGUCUUGUUGAAAAAAGCAGUUGCCGCUUUGUUGCCUUAAGUUACGUAUGGGGCUCGAACCCUCAGUCAUCCCUGCUUGCAGCCUCCCGCGCCACAGUUGAUGGGAUGAAGAAAGAUGGUGGCCUCCCUGCUUUAAGCAUGCCUCAAACAAUAGAGGACGCCAUUGAAGUUUGUUUGAAAAUGGGUGAGAGGUAUCUGUGGGCUGACAGACUCUGCAUUAUACAAGAUGACCCAGGUGACAAGAAACAUCAAAUAGAGGCUAUGGGCGACAUUUAUUCCUCCGCGCAGAUUGUGCUCGUGGCUUCUUCUGGCGAUAGCAUGGAAUUUGGGAUUCCAGGUGUUGGCAGCCCAAGACAGGCAGUUCAACGUAGCCAAGACGUCCUUGAUUUGCGAAUUACGAAUGUGAUUCGCGAUGUUGAAGAUGAUCCGCUGAACAUGUGGGCCACUCGCGGAUGGACAUACCAAGAGGCUGUUCUUUCAAAUAGGCGGCUCUACUUUACAAACACACGAGCCUUUUUUGAGUGUGAACGAUUGAUCUGCCAUGAGGAUCAAUUCAACGUCGAAGAGAUUCGGGAUGAGCUUAUCUCGACCAGGCUAAUUAUUUCCGAAGAUGCGACCCGUUUCCAAUCUUUUACGCGUCACAUCAGGCACUACACUUCCAGAAACCUCACAUAUCGGUCCGACGCUCACAAAGCGCUAUAUGGUAUCACCAUGUCGUUAUACAAAGGACCUCGUGCCUUUCUAAGCGGGCUACCGGUAGUAGACUUUGAUCGCGCGUUGUUAUGGUACCCGGAUUAUGGUACAAGCAUUAUAGAGCGUCACGAAACUCAGGGAGAAACCCUACCAACGUGGUCAUGGUCAUCAGUCAUGGGCCUAUCCGAUCCAGUUCACUACCAAGCAACGGAGUUCUAUGGAACUCUAGCCCCUUGGUAUCACAUAGAUGGCGAUGUCCAAUCUUCUGGUUCUAUAGCAGCCUUGAAUGGUCAGCCUGACUCGAAACCAGAUGAGGAUUGGCAAGUUUAUAUGGCUAUUGCCAUUAAGGAAGGGUGCGUGGGAAGCAUUUCCCUUGCUUUCUCCUUGGAAACGGACAACUUUUUGGCCGUGCGUGAGCUGUUCAAUACCCGCUGGAAAGAUUACCACGCAUUUCGCAGGGAAGCCAUACCCUUGACCAUCAAGACGUCUGAAAUACCACGUGGUGUUCUCACGGGUGCACCGAAGCAAGGAGUCAUAGCAACAAAGUCCCACACUGCACUCCUCAGAGUAACUCCAAGACCUUCCUACUCCUUCGACAUCAUCAACUCAGAAGGGGAAAUAAUCGGUGGACUCUGCGGCGACGCAGCAAAACUGAGAGAACAAGUCAUCUCUCCGGGAUACAACUCGAGCGCUAAGUUCGAGUUCGUCGCUCUCUCUCUGUCUGGGAGAAUGUCUUCCUCAGAGGAGGAUAGUCGGAAGACUUAUAUGGAUGUUGAUGGGAACUGGUUGAAUAAGAUACCUAUCGUGUACGUGUUGAUGAUUGCCAAUAAUGGGGCUUUUGCACAUCGUCGGGAGCUGGGCUGGAUAUAUUUGGUUGACUGGGCAAGGCUGCGGCGCGAGUGGAAGGUCAUGGUGCUUGAGUGA